AUGGCGCUUAAGUGGGUAAAUAUGACAGAGGUAGAACCUGUACUAGAUUUUGCUUCAUCUGCUCGGACUGGACGUAGAAACGCAUUGCCUGACAUACUAGGGUCACCAGCAGGGGUCACACCCUCUGACCUCCCACUCAAACUAGCAGAAAUGUCUUUAAAUACAGACAGAGGACCAGACCUUCAGUCUCCAUCAACAGAGUUACCCCAGCAGCCCUCUCACAGCCCAGAACUAAAAGACGCUUCCUAGUUUCCUGAUCCUAAACAGAGAGGGCAUAUUUUCCUGCAUACAUGCUGGAGAGAUAUACUAAUGCAUCUAAGAAGACUUGGACAAAGGAAAUGUCCAUUUAACAUCACAGCAAAUCAGCAAGAAUAUGGAGGAUUGGUGAUGUUAGGUGGGGGUGAGGGGGGAGGACGACAGGAGCAGAAAUUAGACUAGGCAUCCCCCACACCCACAAAUAUCAGUGCUGAAGCAUUUUUGGCUUUAACACCCAAAUGUAGACAACAGGACUUUAAGGUAACAUUUUUCAGGAGAAAGAACAAUUCAGGCAUAUUUAUUUAAGGAUUAAAUGCGGAAUCCAUAUCCGUGUUUGUGUAUGUAUGUACAUAGAGAGACGUUUAACGUGGUUGUGUAUGUGGACGGUAUAUAUACACAUUAUAAUUCCUGCAGAUCUUUUUGUCAGUCCUAAAUGUCAGUUUCUCUAGGUAUUAAUGUACCGGUACUUUGAGUUUGUUACAAACUUGAGUAACAAUAUUUUAUUUACUGAAAUGAUGAUCUAAAAAAGGGUGCUUUGUGAAGAACAUUCUUAGAAGAUUGAAAAGCUCCAUAUAUUUAGAAUGGAUAUUAGUGCCGUGAUGGUUGUCUUUGGCACUACAGGUGUUUGUGGACUACAUUUCAUUUUAGGCAUCAGCUGAGCAUCAUGAGAAAUGCAACCCAAAAACACUGUGCAGUGCCAUGGAUUGCCAUCAUGGGAGACUGCGAUGGGAGAAUGGAGAUUGCAAUAACAAAUCAGCUGGUGAUAUCUGGAAAAGAUAAAAGCAGGAUAUAUUGAAAUGGGGGAAGGGUAACACGGAAUACUAUAAUAAAAAGAUCUGCAUGAUGUAUCCGAAGUAGGCAUGGUAAAUUAAAGCCAGCAUUUUGUACAAAUGACAGCAGCAUUUGCAGGAAAACAAUCUCCUGAGUUUGGAGAUGGGUGGUAUGGAAGAGAGUUUCAUAUGUAAUAUUUGCGCUCUUGCAGGCCUUUUCAGAGCCCUCGGAUUAGCAUUAGAGGAACCCUUCUUGUUAGAACUCUUUCUUCCUCAGAUCUAGAAAAUGCCACGUAAUGCCAGUCUUGAUUUUUAGGCCACUUGCUUCCCAGGGAUCUGUAGAAACACAUGGCUUUUUUUUUUUUUUUUUUUCAGUCUGCCAUCAUAAUCCCUAAAUAAUGCACCUUGUAUAUCUAGAGACCUGUGUCUUAAGACAUUAAACAUGCCCCUGCCUCUUGAACAAAUGAUUUCCUGGGGAAUACAUCCUUUAAACUCAUCAAUACUCUACGAAGACUGAUCAUUAAGAACAUCUAGUACAUCAUUUCUAUUAAAUCACAUUGCUCCCCAGUUUUCCUGAUACAUUUUAAUGAAUUAACCUCACUUAUAGUAUUAGCUCACAUUGCAUAUGAGCUGAUAACUAGAUCUAUUGUAAACCAUAUAUGUGCACAAGGAGUUUGCCCAGGCACAACCUAAUUGGGUCCAAUUUAUCCUAAUUAUUCCAAUUACACUUCUUUAUAUAACACCAACAUAUUCCACAGCUCUGUACAAUUGGUAAACAUAAACAUUUAAUUCUAAUGAAACACAUAUGACAUAAAGGAAGAGUGGGUAAAGACUGCCAUACCCAAACAAACCCACAAUCUAAAGAUAUUUCCAGUUUAGAGCUAUGAGUACUUUUUCAUAGGUUUGGGCUAGGUUGUUUUUUUGUUUUUGUAUAUCUCUGAAUACACCUGAUUCUCAGUAGAAAUUUUGUAAAUAUCAUUAUUUUUUUAGGUAAAGCUUAGAUGGCAGUUUUCUAUGGAUAUACACCUUAAAUGACACACACACACACCACACUUUACGAAAGCCAGGAACUCUAUGUAUAUUCAAAGUGAAUUUCAACUUUAAGACCACAAUAGUCAAACUGGAAAAAUUCACCCAGUCAGCUAUGCUUCCAGAUCAGC